GGCAUCGAAGCGUGAAGGUUGUACGAUCGUCCAAUAAUGUUAAUUAAAUGGAUUUACAUGUCUCUUCUCAUCUUUGUAAUUCAGAACGUUACUGCAGAUAUUGAUGUAUCUAAAUAUGACAUGGUGUACUACGAUCCGAAUACACGAUUGAGAUUGAAGGGCGAACUGGAAGACAGCCGCGACCCUUUACCUAGGAUUUCUUUCCAUGGCGCAGGAUGCAAUUGCGAAAAUUUCACGUGUGGUUGUUGUACUGGCAUCAAUAUAACCACUUUUAAUUUUGACCGUCAUGUCUGCACCAAUUUCACCUAUAUCCCUGAAGAUUUUGCCAUCAAACUCAAAUUUAUAAUAAACGAGAGAGUACUUCUUAGCACGGGUGCUAUAUCUGCUAAAAAUCCGCCACCACUGUGCUUGCCUUUCUAUGUUCCCUUUAUAUCGUUCUGUGUGCGUUUCUUCGAUGUCCACACAUUCGAAAAAAAUCUACAUGCGUGCAUUGAUUUUGAGACGGUUGUGGUGAGAUGGCCGAUUCUGGUCUUGCACUUCGAUUGUAUAAAAAUUGGCGCGGACGGAGUUUCUUGGAUGAAACCCGAAGAUAUCAGCGUUCUCCAAGCAGCGAAUCCGGAAAUUGCAGAAUCGAGCGGGCCGAUAAUAUAUGACGAGGUGAACUUCGAGUCAGAUCCUAUUGAGCUACCAAGCAAUCAGACUUUGAAUUUGACACCCGAGGAGGAAGAUAACAUCGGCCAAUUAAAGCUAUGA